GAAGCUGAUUUCCACCAGCAUAGAGCCAUGGAACCAGGUUGUUAAGAAAGUCCAUGGUCGCUAUCCGCCGCGCAUACGGUCGUACGAGUACGAAGCCAAUGAUCUGGGUGAUGAGUCCCGGGACGCAGAUCCUUUCGUCUACAAAUGUAGGCUGCCAAACAAGAGGUGGACCAAAGAGACCUGGGCAGCUUACCUUGUCAGAGCAAGGGAGUAUUUUGCUCUACCCAGACCUGAUUUAAAGUAAUGUGUCGAAUAUCCUGAUCCUUUCGAGGAGGCGGAUCUAUCAGAGUUUACCGUCCCGGACACAACACCAGACACAAGGCAAGAGGCCCGGUUUAAACAGGUUUAUAACUGGAAAAGGUCAAAUCUCCGGACAUUCAAAUAUCCAGAGGCAGGCAGCUCAUUUUCGUACGAAGAUUGGAAGCAAGGCAAGAUAUCCAGCAGUUACAUUCUGAAGAACCAUUUGUACUCGAUGGACAAUGACAAUCCAGACAAUGACCAUCCAGAUAAUGGAUAUAGCGGCAUUUGUUACGUCACAGAUAGCGAUCAUAGCUAUCAGUCCUACUCUGUACAGGACAAGUUCCGGGAAAAGGGAUUGCAGGUGAUUGUCCGGAUAUCCAGUGUCGAACUUACCCCAGAAAACCCACAUCAUUGCGGCGAGGAUGACUUUUCUCUCUCGAGGUUGAUGAACGAGCACAUCGUGUGUAUGUCGCGAUACUACUACGACGUGGAGAAUCUCACCCCGGCUUGGAUCUCCUUUCAACAACAGGAUACCAUCGAGUCGACGCCGGCUUUCGAUCCCGAGAGCCAUGCCAAUCGGCAGAUAUUUGGCUUUUCGCCCAUCAAGAAACAAUCUGCAGACCAGGUAACUCCUGAAGAGAAAGGCAUUCCUCGGAAACUCCAAAUACUCGGCUCGGUUUCAGCCCACAAAGGCCGGCUCCUCGUCUGGCCAAACACCCUCCGAUCCAGGACCCAUCCCUUCUCAUUAAAGGACAAGACCUGUCCCGGCCAUCAAAGAUAUAUCACCAUCUGGCUCGUUGACUCCGUUUAUCGCAUUUGCUCGACACGAAACGUGCCCGCACAACAGAAUCACUGGUGGCGCGAAGCAAUGCAGCCUCAUAUGCCACACCUGCCUCCUGAGCUGAUGCAGAUGAUCAUGGAAGAGACAGGGCCCUGGCCGAUGGGAAUGACCGAAGCGAAGAAAUGGAAAACGGAGUCAGACGCGGAACGGGAUAAAGCUGGGAAAGCGCAGUCUCAGAGUGUGCCGUAUUAUAAUUUCUGGCACCCCCGGGGCUUUAACACAAACCGUGUCUCCCGUAGUUCUACAUGGGGUCUAUAA